AUGCCGGGGAAGCUUGCCCAGGUCCGAUCAAAGCAACCCGCGCGGACCUUCGAACGUGCAUUGUUCAUACAUUUUUCUUGUUCUGUUGUCGACAUUCGUUCCAAGGAUCAGGAGGCGGCAUCGAGGAGUUCGAGGCUCAGCGACUUCGAGCUGAUCUUGACUCUGGGCGUUGGCUUCAUCGGUUCGGUUCGUCUCGUCAGGCUCGCCAAUAGCAGCGGUGAGACGCCGUUCGCGCUCAAGGUCAUGAGCAAGCGCGCUGUCCUGAAGAAAGAGCAGGUGGACCACGUGCUGCAGGAAAAGCAGCUUCUCGGCCAGGUCGACCAUCCGUUCAUAGUCAAUCUGCUGACUGUUUUCCAGGAUGAUGCUAAUCUAUACAUGCUCAUGGAGUAUGUGAAUGGUGGUGAGCUGUUCUCAGCCAUCCGAAACGGCAAGCGGUUCAACAACGAGGGGGCGCAGUUCUACGCUGCAGAAGUCGCCUUAGCGCUCGCCCACUGCCACGCCUCUUUCAUCGCCUACCGUGACCUGAAGCUGGAAAACAUCCUGAUCGAUUUCCAGGGUCACGUUAAGAUCACUGAUCGAGGACGCCUGCGGCGAUACCAUCAGCCGACACGGACGUACACGAGGUGCGGAACCCCCGACUACAUGGCACCAGAGAUCAUCAACAUGAGGGGCCACGACAUGAGCGUGGACUGGUGGGCCAUGGGCGUCCUCAUCUACGAGCUGCUGACGGGCAGGACGCCGUUCGUCGGCGGCAGCUCCCAGGCGACCUACCAGAAGGUGCUGAACACCGAGCCCAAGUUCCCCGCCCACUUCACCGAGCACGCCCGGGGCAUCGUCCGCCAGCUGCUGACCAAGGACAAGUCGCGCCGCCUGGGCUGUGGAGUGCACGGCGCGGCGGACGUCCAGAAUCAUAAGUGGUUCGCCGCGGUGAAGGACGCCUGGGACGCCAGCAUGUUCGAUCGCUAUCCUGAGGAGGCCGUGAGCAGCAUAGAUACCAGCGGCCUGACGGCGCAGCAACAACAACUCUUCGAUGAGUUUUAG